AGAGAGAGAGAGAGAGAGGGAGAGAGCACAGAUUGCAUCCAGGACGAACCAGCCCCACACGGGAGAGGACCUGUCCCUGUGACCAUGCCCCUGACUGCCCGGGUGCUGGUGCUGGUGUGGAUUAGUGUGGGGGUGGGCUGGGCUGCCCGCAGGUCAGAGGAGGCUCUCCCCAUCGACAGCAUCUCCAUUGCCAGAUGCACGUCCCGCUGCCUGAGCUUACACAUCACUCGGCUCUCAGCCCUGGUCAGGACCUUCCAGAAUAAUGGAUCCCUGAACUGGUGUCAGAAUCACAAGCAAUGCUCAAAGUGCCUGGAGCCUUGUAAAGAAUCUUGGGACCUACAGGAGACUCAUUGUCAGAGCAAGUGUGAGUCUCUUUUUCCAAAGAAACACUACGAAUGCCUGACCAGCUGUGAGUUCCUCAAAUCCAUCCAGUCAGUAAAGCAGGGCGACUGUCCCGCCCCAGAGAAGGCCAGCGGCUUUGCGGCCGCCUGCGUGGAGAGUUGCGAGGUCGACACCGAGUGUUCGGGCCUGAAGAAAUGCUGUUCCAAUGGCUGUGGUCACACUUGUCAGAUCCCGCGAAACCUGUUCAGGGGUGUCCCACUGAAGCCCAGAAAGGAGCUAAGCUUCGCCGAACUGAAAACGGGAAAUCUGGAGAUCAAAUGGUCUUCGAAGUUCAACAUUUCAGCAGAACCAGUCAUCUACGUGGUGCAGAGAAGGUGGAACUAUGGCAUCUAUCCCAGCGAAGAUGAUGCAUCCGACUGGCAGACGGUUACACAGACCACCGAAGAGCGAGUCCAGUUGCCUAACAUCCGCCCCAGCAGGUGGUAUCAGUUUCGAGUGGCAGCAAUUAACGUUCACGGCACUCGAGGAUUCACCGCUCCCAGCAAGCACUUCCGCUCAUCAAAAGAUCCCUCCGCUCCCCUGGCUCCGUCCAACGUGAGGGUCGGCAACUUCACUGCCAGCAGCGACGGCACCAUGAGCACCAGGAUUGUCUGGGAUGUCCUGGAGGAUCCCGAUAUCCCAGUUCAUCAUUACAAAGUCUUCUGGAGCUGGAGCGUCAAUGGGAAGUCCAUGGUCCCGACCAAGAAGAAGCGAAGGAAAACCGUGAACGGGUCUCAAAGCCAUGUAGUUUUGGAAGGACUUCAGCCCAACAACAGUUACAUGGUGGAACUGCAGGCAGUGACUUACUGGGGUCAAGUGCGUCUAAAAAGUGCUAAAGUCUCGCUGCACUUUUAUACUCCCCGAACUCUCGAUACAAGGGAUCGAUCAUCUUCAACUAAAUCCAGACACGGAGUGGUCAAUACCCUCCCUGCCUCCCAUGGGAAAAGAACUCUGCGUCUCAUUGAUGUUGGGGCGCCAUUCUAUCAGGAAAACCAGCUCCAGGUUAAAAUUUACUGGAAGAAAAUGGAAGAUCCAGAUGCCAUUGUUGAGCGUUACCUCGUCCAGUGGAUACCGGAGUCCUGCUCGCACAAUGAGACCAGAGGUUCAAGCAAAGCCAUCUCCCACGAAAACUACAUCAUUCUUCCAGGGCUGCUGUUUUCUUGCAAAUACAAGGUUACAGUCCAGGCGAUGAGGCCUAAGGGUCAAGGGAAAGCAGAGACUGUGAUGUUCAUUACUCCGUCUUGCGCCUCUUCUCGAGGCAAGGGUCAAAAACACAACGUCUGUCCCAGCGAGGGUGCCACCAACGUUCCCAAAGUGCUUGUGAAGCCGGAGAACUUAUCGGCAUCAUUCAUAAUUCACAUGGGGAAUAUUACAGGACAUUUCUACUGGAGGAUAUCGCGAGCCCAGCUCCAUCAGCCAGUCACAGGAUUCCAGGUUACAUGGGCAGAGGUGACCACAGAGAGCCGGCAAAAUAGCUUACCAAAUAGCAUCAUAUCCCAAUCACAGAUACUGCCUCCAGACCACCACACGCUCAUUGUGCCCAAUCUGCGGCCAUCAACAUACUACAGAUUGGAGGUACAGCUGCUCACUACAGCUGGAGAGGGACCAGCAACCGUCAAAACAUUCCAGACACCCAGCUUAACUUCCUCUCGCUUACACAGUCCCCGAAUGAAACAUCACCAUCAGCAGAAACCAGUAUCCGUGAAAUACUGAAGUCACUUGAGGUCGACCAAGGAUGGAAAAUGUUUAAGGACUGUUGACGCGAGGAGAAAAGCAAUGCCUCACUUCCUCCCCCUCUCCAAGUUGAGAGGAAGCAAAAGAAUGUGUCCCUUCGAGAAGCCCCUUUUAAAGCUGAUCAAACCAGUGCCAUAAAGCUUGUAUACUUCAAUGUAAUCGUCACUGUAUAAUGUCUUCAAAGGGUGGCUCUGAAAUUGUGCUAUUUAUUAACUUCUGUUUCUGUUGAAUGUGCUGAUCCUCAUUAUAUAUGCAAUGAUGUGUGCACAUUCCCUCUGGAUGCUGCUAUCAGGCAGGUGUGUUGGAGAAUGCGACUGAAAUCCGCAUAUUUUAAUUGGGAAAUGAGAAUCAUGUCAGUUACUUAAUCUAUUGCAUGUAAUAAAGUUAUUAAAUUAUAAUGUAAAUGAAUCUUAUCAGAUGUUGGCAAAAUAUGGUUGCAUGAUAGAUCCCGUCAGUGUUCAGUUUAGGCAUGACUUCCAUGUCUAUGUUACCUCUGCUGAAUAUAUUAACUUGACCGCAGUUUACAGAAUAAUUAACAAAAGUGUAUAUGUACAAAUUAUUUACUUUUUAAUAUCGGAAUGAUGUAGUAUUACUGAAUUGGUUGUAGAAAUCGUGUUCCUCAUUGCAGUCCUUGUUUUUUUUAGAACAAUAUUUAUUAAGCAAUUUUGCCUGUGUAUUUUUUUUGUUCUGUUUAGUGCGUCUGUGUCGUCUUUGGGAUAGCAAACCUCUUGUAAAGACAUUUUGUAAAAAUGGAAUUGUAAAUAGAGUUUGUUGUAAGUUACAUUCCCCAAUAUUUUCAUGUUAGGCUUUGUACAUAGUGUUGAAGUAUUAAAGACCUCUUUUUCCCUCAUCCACAAAAAUAUGGACAAAGUGUACAACCAAUCGCAAGUAUUUUGUAUCCAUUAUUUUCCUUUUGAUUAACAAAUAUUGGGUGGCUGCCUAGCGCAGUUGGUAGUGCUUUCCACUGAGUCAUGAAACUUGUGGGUUCAACCCCCCCCC